UCGGUGGAGUAAUAAUGGCGGGAGUAGAGGGGCUAGUGCAUGUGUGGAGAGAAUGGGGGAUCCAGGUGCUAGUUCUGCUAAGCUUUGCACUGCAGGUGAUUCUCCUGAUCACGGCAGAGAUUCGUCGGCUCAAUCAUUCCGGCUUGCUCAAGGCCAUUGUUUGGUCGGCGUACGUGAUGGCCGACUCGACCGCCAUAUACGCCCUCGGUCACAUGUUUGUGACGAGGAGGUCGCCCGAGCACCAGCUGAUGGCCUUCUGGGCGCCGUUCCUGCUGCUGCACCUUGGGGGGCAGGACAACAUAACGGCAUACGCCAUCGAGGACAACCGGCUCUGGCUGCGCCACCUUCAGGCAUUUGGGGUACAGACCGCCGCGGCCGCCUUCGUCCUCUAUGAGUUUUUCAUCCUCGGCGGUGAUUCCAUGAUCUUAUGUGCAGCAAUCCUGAUGAUCGUGACUGGUUUUCUCAAAUAUGGGGAGAGGGUUUGGGCACUCAAAUGCGCCAGCGCUAGCAACUUACUGAACAAGAACUACAGGAGUGGUUUGACAAGAAUGAGACCAUAUUUGGUUGUGCCUGCGGAGCUGAAGGACACCGAGGACCUCCUGCGGAUAGCCCAUUUCUUGUUGAACAUCCCAAAGAAAUUUUUUGAGAGGCCUUUAGGCAAAACACUCCAAGAUAGGGUCCAAUGGCAUGGUCCUGUGGCCCGCGAGAAGUUGUUCAGUUUAUCGGAGAUGCAGCUGGCCCUGAUGCACGACGUCCUGUACAGCAAGGCCGAGGUGAUGCACACAUGGUAUGGCCUCAGCAUCCGCAUCAUUUCUUGGGCGUCCACUGCCGUGGCAUUUGUGCUAUUUCAUUGGUCAGGUCAUAGGCAUGGUUACAGCAGAGCAGAUGUGGCAAUCACAUAUGCCUUGUUAGUUGGGGCCAUUGUCCUGGAGACUAUAUCGUUGUUGAGAUUCAUCUUCUCGAGCUGGGCACUGGCGGACAUGAGGCGUUUCCGCCGGAUGGUUCUUUGUGAAGAGAGGAGGUACUGGUCCAACUCCAUGGGGCAACACAACCUGUUUGAAGUGUACGGUGCCAUCAAGACGAGCCGAAGAAGCAGAAUCGCUAGACGGAUGGGGUAUGAGGACUGGUGGAACACGAGGACAUACUCGAGGCGCAUCCCGGUCUCAAAACAGAUGAAGGCUUAUCUGGGAGACCAGUUCUUCAAAUUAUACGUGGGACACCAACGAGGCCGCCUUCAUUUUAUAAUGAAACAAUUCAUAUACAAUCAGGCCAUAAACUAUUCUAAGGAAGCUCCGGCAGCCAGAUAUGAUGAGUGCAUCGUUGUGUGGCACAUCGCAACCAACGUCUACCUCCGUUGGUAUAAGAAGCUGGCAGAGGCUCGGGAGCAAGUAAAGAAGGAGCUGGUGGAGACAAUCGAGGUGCUCUCCAACUACAUGCUUUUCAUCUUGGUCGCACGGCCUUCCAUGCUCCCCAAAUUUGAUAGUCCGAGCCACUAUGCCCAAGUCUGCUAUGAUAUCGCAGAAAAUAAGUUUGACUCUGUUUCCGCAUUGAGAGAUGCCACGUCCACGGAGGAUUUUCUAGGCAAGCUCCAGGUCUAUGGGGACUCAAUGUUUCAGCAGACGGAAAUUUACACGCUGUGGAGGGGAUCUAGGCUUGGCAGAUGGCUGAUCGGCAACCCAUCAGACACAGUUGACACACUUGCUAGCAAUAGGUUAAGGGAAACUGACGAUGCUGUCGUUCUGAAUAAUAGCGUCACCGCAUCAGUGACAAUUGGCACGCUUGUGGAGGAUAGGAUAAGCCGUAUUGAAGUGUUGAUGAGAGAUCAUGCUCGCAAUCUGGAUUUCUUUGAAGAGGGUGACGUUCUGAAUAAGAUCAACCACGAAUCGAUGAAAAUUGACUUUCUUGCUGAAGACGAGUUGAGGUUGAGGGCAGGUCCUCCUGGCAGCCUGGGCGAUGGGGCUGAUGUUCUGAAACAGAUCUUUGUCGCGUCGGCGACAAUUAACAGGCUUGCUACUGAUAGGCUAAGUAUUAUUGACGGGUUGAUGAAACAUCCUGCUCACAGCCCGAAUUUGGAAGAUGAGGCUGGCGUUCUGGGGAAGAUUGUCGUCGCAUCAGCGACAAUUGACGAGCUGAUGGAUUUCAAUGGCAUAUUUGAUGAUGCCAGCGUUCUGGACAUGAUCGCCGUAGUGUGGGCCAAGAUCCUUUUCGACGCGAGCGGUGCUGAUGGACUUGCGUAUUCUCAUGCUAAGCAGCUGAGCAACGGCGGUGAGCUUCUGACCAUCGCUGCCAUUAUGAUGACAUACAUGCAACAAGUGGGAGAUGCAUUUCCCGAGAGUGAUCCAAAUGAAAUGACCGGAGCAGCACAAACUGUCUAGUGGAAACUGCCGG